GGCACUUCUCGCUUUACGGAGAAAUGUAUAGGACGUGUGGAGCUGCGGAUUAUUUAACAACAAAAAGUUGUGCGGGCUAAAUCACAGUCGUUUAAAGAGAUUAAACGUAAAUUAAAGGAACGCUUCACGUGUCCAAGAAAUUUCGCUCACGACCGUUGAUCCACGAUUUUUAACCUGAAGGAUAAGAGCUUUCGUUGCACCGGUACCUAGUUGAGAGAAUGAAAAAUUAAUUGGGGAAUCGGGAGCGAUGAACGUACAAAAGAUGAUGCCAAUCGCAUUGAAAGAUUCGGAAGCUAAGGACGGUGAUAGCAGAGGUACGAUCAAAGUUAUGGAUAGGCCAACGUUUAUAUUGAAAACUAGAGAAGGCGAGAACAGAGCAGUAUCACCGAGUCAACGUAACGGUGCUAACAAAAAAGAGACCGAUACAGCUACCAAUGCCCCGUCAAAGAUACAGGAUCCCGUUCGUAUGAUGUUGCCGUCGUGCCUCGAAAUGACGAGCUGCCUGAAAUUCAUGGACGAAAAUAUGCAACUCUGCGAAAGCUCUCUGGAAUAUUUGUACGACCAACAGGACUUCUUGGUCGUGGGAUGCUUGGGCAGUCAGGGGGUCGGAAAGUCCACUAUAAUGUCUUUAUUAACGUCCAAUUUUGCGCCAGGUAUAUUCCCGGCUCAGGAGACGUCCCAUUACGAGAGCGGUGCAAAUUGCACCACUGGUAUCGACUUCUUCGUUACGAAAAAUCGUGUAAUAUAUUUGGACACGCAGCCCAUACUCUCUGGUUCGACGAUAGAUCACUCAGCGACGUACGAACAGAAAAAAUCGACGACGGACUUCGUGAAUACAGAGACCAACCUGGAGUUGCAGUCUCUGCAGUUCGCAGCUUUUCUGUUCUCGGUUUGCCAUGUGAUUAUUUUUGUACAAGAUUGGUUCGUCGAUCCUAAUCUGAUCAGAUUUCUGCAGACUGCAGAAAUGUUAAAACCGUCCUCGACCAGUAACAUGGAUCAAGACUACGUUGAGUAUUACCCGCAUAUCGUGUUUCUGCACAAUAAAGCUGAGCUGCAAGACCUUACUCCUCACAGUAUGGAGAAGGUGAAGGAAUUCUAUAGCAAAGUAUUUUCCAGUUCUAGAUUGCAGACUCAUAGUGGUUUAGACAUGAGUAAUCAUUCGAUGGAAACAGGAUUGAAUUUGUUUUUUAUUCCUCGCAUCGCGAGCGAAGAGGAAUCGCCGAUGCGUCAGAACGAAAAAAAACUAAUAGAGAAGUUAAAAAUAAAGAUACACGGGAUCAACAAAAAUCCAAUGACACCGUCCAGUUUGACAGAAAAAAAUUGGUACCAUUACGUUUCGAGAGUGAUGGAAGCGAUCAAGAAAAGUCAUCUGUCCUCCGAGUAUGGAAGACUGAUGCCGUAAAACAAUUGUAGGUAGUUUUCAAUUUUUUUAUUUGAAGAAAAAUCAUAGACUCCUUAAACAACUGAGAAAUGUAUAUAAUCUUAAUGUGUACGGAAUUGAAUAAAAUGAGAUGAGAAAAAAAUGAUCA